AUGUAUGGUGGUCGUCGGCCUUUUGGCGUUUCAAUGCUUUUUGUCGGCUGGGACAAACACUAUGGUUAUCAACUUUAUCAAAAUGACCCGUCAGGCAAUUUUCUGGGCUGGAAGGCUACAUGCAUAGGCUCCAAUUCGUCAGCCGCCUCGUCUAUCCUCGAGUCGGACUACAGUCCUGAAUGCACAGCGGAAGAGGCGGUUAAACUUUGCGUAAAGGUGCUUUAUAAGAUUAUGACGAUGUCGAAAUUGACAUCAGAUAAGGUUGAGAUCGGUCUUUUGCAACGAGUGGAAGAUAAAACCCAUAUAAAAAUCUGCCCUCAAAGUGAGGUUGAUGCUCUUAUCAAGCAUGCGGAAGCCACCUACCCAAGAGUAUCGGAUUCUUCUUCAAAGGGCUCUGAGGCCACUCUGAGAGGCGCCGAGAAAAAAUAA